CCUAGCACAUAACCUAAACGUCUAUAUUCAUUAAAGUGUCAUCUCGAAUAACUUUGUAAACAUGGCGUUCAAUUUUUCCGCAUUAUCCUACAUCAUUGCAUUGGUCGUGGACGCCUUUCUUAUUUUCUUCUCACUGUUCCACGUGAUCGCGUUCGACGAACUAAAAACCGACUAUAAAAACCCGAUAGAACAAUGUAACAGCCUAAACCCGCUGGUCCUGCCGGAAUAUUUGCUGCAUUUAAUAUUCAACAUUCUGUUCGCCGUGGCGGGAGAAUGGCUCUCCCUGCUCAUCAACAUCCCAUUGAUUGUGUACCACAUCUACAGAUACAGGACAAGACCAGUGAUGUCUGGCACCGGUAUCUAUGAUCCGACCAGUAUUAUGAAUGCAGAUGUAUUAACCAGAUGCCAAAGAGAGGGAUGGAUCAAACUGGCCUUCUAUCUUUUAUCAUUCUUUUACUAUCUAUAUGGAAUGAUUUACUCAUUAAUUUCCAACUAAUGCCUCCUGCCUCCGGUGAUGGCUUGAAGAUCAAAAAAGUGUGUAGUUAUGAAAAAAAAAAACAAAAAUAGAAAGGGAUUUUGGUUCUUGGUAUUAUGCAAUCAUGGUUGGAGGAAGCGAUAUUCAUGCAUAAUAUUGGGGACUGAAAUCCUUUCACCACGUAAUAAGAUGUCCUAAGUUAUUAUUUUUUUUGUUUCAUACACGUUUUGUGUAAGUUGUUGUGAGGAACACUUCCAAUAAAUAAAUAAAAGACACAAGUCUUGUUCUAAUGAUGUAUUUAAUUAUGUAAAUAAAGUUUUUUAAAAAUUG